AUGGGUUUAAAUCGUACAUUACUUACCUUUUCGCUUGUAACGGUGCUUUGGUUCAACGCCGGGUGUGGACUACCGACCAAAAGUGCAACGGACGACACAGAUACUGCCACUAAUGCAGAGGAUGAUUACAAUCCGCAAUGUCUACCUUUGGACUACUUCGAAAAAGGUCAAUCCGAGGAAACAAGAGUAAAGCGUGACGGUGAUGCAGUUCUAGCGGAUGCAACAUCGACAAACAACGAAGCAGAUGAAGUGGUUGCACAGCCGGGCUUCGUUGUGCCAGCCAGAAGACGGCGGCCCUGUUUGGGCAGACGUAGAAACUUUACGAAAGAUUGUGGUCCACUGGCAAGGGCGUACAAAGUAAAGAAUUUUGUAAUGGCACCUCCACCACCGAUGCGGAGGAAGAUUAAACCAGGCAAACCGGGCAUUUAA